UUGGUUCGUGUUCGUUUUAAGGUAGAUAAACGGCCGAGCUAGACGUUAUUAGAUAUUUCGUUUACGUUUACGUGCGAUCCAGAAAUUUCGAAGGUGUUCUAGAAGAGAAUAUCGUUGCAGAAACGGACGUCUCGAUCGACGAAGUAUUAGCAAUUUCUUGAUUCUCUCCUGCCGAUUGUACAUUUUUUUCUGUAGAAACAGUACCAGAUCGACUGUUUUCCAAAAUGUCCUUGUUCGGAUCACUGAUGGGUGAUCUCGACGACGAUCCUUUUUUUGGUUCUCAAAUGAGAUCUAUGAGACAGAUGAAUGACAUGAUGAAUUCAAUAUUUAGUGACCCAUUUGGUAUGAUGGGACAGAAUGCCAUUACAAAUGGUGGACAUGGGGCUAGACACCCUCAAAGUAAUCUCCAGAUGAUGCCAUUUGGAUUUCCUCUAAUGCCAUCAUUCAAUAUGAACACAGUAUUUAGAGACUUUGAUAAUGUGGCCCAAGGUGGAAAUUGCCAUUCUUUCACUACUAGAUCUGUGAUGACCAUGGCUAAUGGUCCAGAUGGUCGUCCACAAGUAUACCAGGAAACCAUGUCAACAACAACUGCUCCUGGUGGGGUGAAGGAAACGAAGAAAACAGUUUCUGAUUCUCGUACUGGAGUCAAGAAAAUGGCCAUUGGUCAUCACAUUGGAGAGAGAGCACACAUUCUGGAGCGUGAACAUAAUGUUCAUAAUGGUGACCAAGAGGAACGUCAAGAGUUUAUCAAUCUUGACGAAGAGGAAGCAGAGAGUUUCAAUAACGAAUGGGAAUCACGUACUCGCAAUGCAGUUGGAUCUAUUGGCAAUUCUCAUUAUGGCAAUCAUGGUCACAGAAGCCGCCCGGACCAUCGACAACUUGCUUUGCCUGAUCCAUCUGGAGGAAGUCGAUACUCUAAUUCUUCGAGAUGGGUACCUUCUUCCAGACGUAGUAUUAGACCUUCACAUACAUCUAAAACACACAACACUCCUCUUCCUUUGAGUUCCGAUACAUCUGGUCGUGGCAAGCCCACUGACACAGCUAAACCAACAGCAGCAGUAGUAGCAGGAGCAGCAGCAGCAACAGCAACAGCAACAUCAUCAUCAUCAACAUCUGCUCCAAGCGUAACAGGAAAUCGAAAACGUGAACAUACACCGGAUGUAAAAGUUAGCAAGAAGCGUCACGCAGUAUCCGAUAGUAAUAUUUAGAUCUUCUGCUAAAAUCAUUUAAAUUAUAUUCUGGCAACACUGCAGAACUUUGGUAACAUCGUCGUUUAAAGUAGAGGCCAAUGAAAACAUGCAAAAGAAUGAUUAAUUCUAUCUAUAAAACUACAUAAUCCGUAAAACAAGUAUUUCAUAACAUUUUCUUAUACAUUUUGACAUGCUUUUUUAGCGUUUUUGAGACGAUAGUGAUAAUUUAAUUAUUUAAAAUGUAAUGUGUUUGUUUACCGAGGUUCACUGCAGUUACUUUCCAUUUUACACAUAGAGGUACUAUUAGCAUCUAUGUGAGUAAUAAAAUAUAACUAUAUGUAGAGAUUCUGUAGGAUAACAUAUAAGGAUGUUGAAUGGAAAGUAUGAGAGUAGGAAUGGGUAAAAAGUAUAUUAUGUUGCUUUGAACACGUACACAGAUGGUCAAAGGACUGUUGAUUGAUUAUUGUUUUUUCGAAAAUUUAGUUCAUAAGUAAACAAAUCUCGAUACAAUAAUUUGUGUACGGUUCAAAUAAUUGUUGAAGUAUUGCCUGCUGGGAUUCGAAGUAUUUUAUUUUUGUAGAAGACUUAUUGUCCGUGGUUAUGUUCAAACAAUCUCAAAUUAUUCGUUGUAUUUCUUUUUGUUUCCGGUACAGAAAAUAUAUUUAAUCUAACAUGCGUUCUUCAAGAGUGUAUUCAACAAUGCCAAAUAUAAGAAGGAACAUAUUUUGGGGUAGUGUAUUUAUCAAUAAAUUAGCAACUACAUAAUAUUGUUUCCCUUUGUCAAUGUUCAUUCAAAUACAAAAAAUAGAUGUAGCAUAAUUCAAAACCCAAACUUAAUAAUAGUAAUAAUAAUAAAACAAUCGAAUACGAAGUGUCCCUAAUACAAUCAAGUCUCAAUGAACUUCUAUAUAAGCGAUAAAUUAAUUUAGCCUUAUUUGUGGCUGUUUUGAUAAAAAACGUGGAGUACCCAGUAGCUCCUAAAGCUUCACACUAAACGCUAAUUAAUAUAUGCAAAUGAUAAUAAAAACAAUUUAUAAAUGA